AUGGGCCACUUGAAAAGAGUCGUCUACGAGAACGCUGUUGACGUUGAAAUGCGAGCUCUAGCAACACACUUUGCUGGGCCGCAAUACGCAUCGGCUUGCUUCGUCAGCCGAAAAUGGCCUGUUCUCCUCGACACGGUGUUGUCAAGCCCGCAUGUACCCAGCUGUCAGCAACAAGAAUCUCUCGUUCGGCUUUGGCUGAACGGCCUCAAAGACCAAGCAAACGUCAAGCCCGCCAGCGCCAUGCCCGACAACAUCCUUGUUGCUGUUGUUCCGAUGACAUGCGGCGGUUUAUGUUUGGUGAUAUCUAGCAUUGUUUGCAGCGAGGGCGGCGUGAGCACUAGUGCGAGUACUACAGUAUAG